ACAAAGAAAGCAUUUCUCUCCAUCAUCCAAUCGCUCACUCACUCACAUUCCUCACAUUCCUUCAUCACUCACAGCCGCCAUCGCUCCUUGCUCCUGAUACAUCCUUCCUUUCACUUCCACCUUCCAUUUCCACUUCCGCUUCCACUUCCACUUCCACUUCCACCUUCCACCUUCCACCUUCACGGAGAAUGUCAUACCCUCAGCAACUGCAUUAACAACAACAUCCAUCCUUCACUUUCUCUCUCUCUCUCCCUCUCCGAAUGUCACACUGAAAAAACAAGGCAUUGCAAACUUCACUACACACUCAUCGCGCCUUUGCUUAUACAACAUACACACUAUUCCUCUUCCCCCGCUCUCCUUCUCUGUAUUCUUCCUCGUCUUCGGCCUCCUUCUUUCUCUCUCCCUUUCACUCUCUCCAUCCAGUCUGCACACACACCUAUACACAUAUUACUCAUAUACACACAUUAAAAAAAUCUAUGGAAGAGAUCCAGUUGAUGCUGGCCAGGUCUGCCGAUGCAGUCUCCUCCGGCAACUUCAAGGACGCCUACUUCUGCUACCUGGACAUCAUCGACGCCGCCGCGAUAGAGCUUCGCAAGGUCAAGUUUAUCGCAAAUGUGGCCAUCACCUCCACUACGACAGCAACACUGAUAUCCAUCACGCGGUCAAGUGUGGUGUACGCACAGGACAUCCUCUCGAGGCAGAAUGCCGCCAUCGCCGCCAUCUCAGAGCCACCGGCGGUUCCCCGGAAGACCUCUCUCUCCAGGCACUCGGACAGGAUAACGGCGGGGCAGACAAAGACCGUAACCAUGUUGACAGAGCAGUUGCGAGCCACAGCCUCGGACAUCUGUAGCGUAGAACAGCAGCAACAACAAUUGUCUUCACCCAUCUUCUCACGGGUCACGACCUAUGCCUCGAGAUCAACCCCGCCCGCCAAUAGUCCAACCGCAUCACCACCGCCGCCACGCACGACAACCGUGCUUGCGCCUUCAUUACCACCUAAACCGACACGGAGACCACCGCCACCCGUAGUAGCACCAACACCACCCAGUCGUAGCCCAGUCUUAGGAUUCACAGAACAAGGAACUAUGCCGUCAAUAGGAGGAGGAGCCAGUAACACCACGAACAGUCUGCAUCCCCUCAGCACUAUCCCAGGCACGAGCAGCCUUAAAAAGUCAUCGGACCAUGCCUCCAGGCCACACUCGCUGCCUGCACAGAGCAUGCACGUCGGAGGACGGGAAUCGCCCCCUCAGUCAAAACCACCGCUGCCACCAAAGCCGGCACGAUUGUACAGAAAAUUGCAGGAUAUUAAGACUGAGGAACAUUUGCUGGACGAGGAGGAUUCGGACGAAGACGAAGACGAGGAUGAGGACGACGACCUGGAAGCACACGUGUUUUCACCGACAUUGCAUCGGAGGGCGUCUUCGCCCAGCAUUGCCAUACCAAACCCAACACGACGGCCAGGAACACCGCUGUCGGUCCCCACCUCGCCAACGCUGUCGCCAUCCAGCAUCUCCUCCAGCAUCUCAUCCGCAGAUCGAUCGCGCUCAUAUACCCUUCCCCAAUACGCAUCUCUAAGCCAGGCCAAUGCUUUCAUCACAGUAAUUCCUGAUGGAAGUGUCGAUCCCACCAACCUGGUCGAAGCGGAGCGUAUCAGUGGCGACAACGACGACCAAUUGGACCAAAAGACAUACGGCCCCAGCGACCACAUCCCACUCAUUCCAGUGACUCCUCUUAGGACGACCCAUCGUACGCUGGUUGAAAAGGAAAAGACCUGUUCGGCCAAGCUGGCGGAGACCAAGCAGAAGUUACAGGAAAGGACGCUUGAGCUGCAGCAUGGCGACGACACCAAACCCAAAAGCGAUCGGCAGGAGGACGAUGUGGAUACACAAACGCUACAGGAGAACCUCACAAAAUACACGUCCAUGAUCUCGAAUGUCAUGGCGACCAUCACUAAAGUGCGGGAACUCCUCUAUCGGUCCGCCAGCGUCACCUCUAUUCUCGAAUUCCCAGCCUAUCUUGUCGCCUACCAACUCACGCUCGUCGAAUCAGCCGUCUUUCUAGAGAUCCCACCGUCAGCACUUCUGACACACUCGCCCAAAACCCCACAUCGGAGUAUUACAGCUUCAACGGAUUUCUUCAACUAUUUAACGCGUAUGAUCGAGUAUUCAGUACUGUUUCCGCCAGAGGCAUCUGGACGGGCCCAGUGCAUGCAUUAUUGGGUCAAGGUCGCGGUGAAGCUGCAUGAGCUGGAGAACUUUCAGACACUCAAGGCGGUGCUCUCGGCCUUGGGCACGCCACCGAUCAAGCGACUGAAACGGACCUGGAGCUUUGUACCGCGGAAGAGCAUGCACAAGCUGGAAACACUGUCCGAACUCAUGAGCGAGGCCAGGAACUAUGGAAAGUACCGAGAGAUGAUGGCGAGCCUGAAUGCUGGAACUAUGAUGCUAUCGCCCCCAGCAGUUUCACCAGUUUACCCAACCUCGGCACCUUCAGGAAAACUUGACAUGUUGAGUCUAAACGGAAUGAGCAGCAGCUUGUCAAAUCUGGGCUUCAGGACCAAGGAGGCCGCGCGGAGACCGAUGGUGCCAUUCCUGGGGACGUUCAUCAUGGAUAUUACAUAUUUAUUAGCUGCGGUCAAGAAGAGCAACAAUUCUGCGCCACCGAUUUCGUCUCAGAUACCAGCGACAUCCAGUUUGCGGGAGAAAUCGGGCUCGACGGGUUCGCCGUCGAUCAAUACACAGUUUGCACCGGAGGAUGAUGUCCGGAUACAAGAUCUCUUGAUGGCUCUCACGGCUUAUCAGUCUGGUCCAAAGUACUCUUCCCAACCACCGAGAUCGUACAUCAAGGCGGCGACGAAGAACCACCACCAUUUCAGAGCACCAUCACUGUCGUCAGCCCUUCACAGGACAGCUAAAUAUCGGACGUCUUCAGUAGAUCGGCAGAUCGGAGCCAACAUUACCCAUCAAUCGUCCUAUGAAGAGGAGGAGGACGAUGUCUCUGGUAACGGUUUGAGACCAACUCAACAGCUGAUCUUCCACUAUCUCUUGACACGCCCAUGGGUACCCGAGAGAAUGGUGGAUGAGCUGAGCACGAUCCGGGAGCCGCCAAAGAACAAGAAUCUGUCGACGAGCGGUAGUACGCGACAGAGUGCUGGGGGAUCGACGCACAGCUGGCCGGGGCUAGGAGGGACAGGAGGCGGAAGUGGAUCGAUGGUAGGCGGCGGAUCGGUGUACAGUCAGAUCUCGACGACGAGCACGAUCCAGCGCGGAAGCACGGGUAGUAACAGUGGAGAUGGAGGCCAUAAUGGAAGCGGUGGCAGUUCCAGACCUACCAGUGUGGACGAAUGAUGAGCAUCCGGUGUACAAAUGAAACGCGAUCUCAAAAUCAGCUUUUGAUUAACGACAUGACAAUGUAUCAUGCAACGCAACGCAAACGCAACGCAAACGCAACGCAAACGCAACGCAAACGCAACG